UCCUCCCCGCCCACUCUCCCGGGCGCAGCCAAUCGGGAGGCGGGAAGUGCUUCGGCCCGGACGUUCGGGCGGGGCAGGGUGGCGGCCCGGCGGGGCAGGGAGUGGGCCAGCUGGGGGCCAGGGGCUGCACUCCAGGGAGUUACGCCAGGAGGCUUGGAGGGAGCGCUUGGCGGUGCCGCUACUGCUGCGGCCGCUUCCUCGUCGGGAAGAAGCGACUCCUCCCGUGUGCCCGGAAUCCCCGUCAGAAGUGCCAGCCUGCCGCUGUUCUCUGAUGCCAUGCCAGCACCAACUCAACUGUUUUUCCCUCUGAUCCGUAACUGUGAACUGAGCAGAAUCUAUGGCACCGCGUGUUACUGCCACCACAAACACCUCUGCUGUUCGUCGCCUUACGUUCCUCAGAGUCGCCUGCGAUACGCACCCCACCCGGCCUAUGCCACCUUUUGCAGGCCGAAGGAGAGCUGGUGGCAGUACAACACCCAGGGAAGGAGAUACGCCUCCACGCCGCAGAGAUUUUACCUCACACCCCCGCAGGUCAACAGCAUCCUGAAAGCCAACGAAUACAGCUUCAAAGUGCCAGAAUUCGAUGGCAAAAAUGUCAGUUCCGUCCUUGGAUUUGACAGCAAUCAGCUGCCUGCAAACGCACCCAUCGAGGACCGGAGAAGUGCAGCUACUUGCUUGCAGACCAGAGGGAUGCUCUUGGGGGUUUUUGACGGCCAUGCCGGCUGUGCUUGUUCCCAGGCGGUCAGUGAGAGACUCUUUUAUUACAUUGCCGUCUCCUUGUUGCCCCAUGAGACUUUGCUAGAGAUUGAAAAUGCAGUCGAGAGUGGCCGGGCACUGCUGCCCAUUCUCCAGUGGCACAAGCACCCCAAUGAUUACUUCAGUAAGGAGGCGUCCAAAUUGUAUUUCAACAGCUUAAGGACUUACUGGCAAGAACUUAUAGACCUCAACACCGGGGAGUCUACUGAUAUUGAUGUGAAGGAGGCUUUAAUUAAUGCUUUCAAGAGGCUUGACAACGACAUCUCUUUGGAGGCUCAAGUCGGUGAUCCCAAUUCUUUUCUCAAUUACUUGGUGCUUCGAGUGGCAUUUUCUGGGGCCACUGCUUGUGUGGCCCAUGUAGAUGGCGUCGACCUUCACGUGGCCAAUACCGGCGAUAGCAGAGCCAUGCUGGGUGUGCAGGAAGAGGACGGCUCUUGGUCGGCAGUCACUCUCUCAAAUGACCACAAUGCUCAGAAUGAAAGAGAACUGGAACGGCUGAAAUUGGAGCACCCAAAGAAUGAGGCCAAGAGCGUGGUGAAACAGGAUCGGCUGCUUGGCUUGCUGAUGCCUUUUAGGGCUUUUGGAGACGUAAAGUUCAAAUGGAGCAUUGACCUUCAAAAGAGAGUGAUAGAAUCAGGCCCAGACCAGUUGAAUGACAAUGAAUAUACCAAGUUUAUCCCUCCUAAUUAUUAUACACCUCCUUAUCUCACUGCUGAGCCAGAGGUGACUUAUCACCGAUUAAGGCCACAGGAUAAGUUUCUGGUGUUGGCUACUGAUGGGUUGUGGGAGACGAUGCAUAGGCAGGAUGUGGUUAGGAUUGUGGGUGAGUACCUGACAGGCAUGCAUCACCAACAGCCAAUAGCUGUUGGCGGCUACAAGGUGACUCUAGGACAGAUGCAUGGCCUUUUAACAGAAAGGAGAGCCAAGAUGUCCUCGGUAUUCGAGGAUCAGAAUGCAGCAACCCAUCUCAUUCGUCACGCGGUGGGCAACAACGAGUUUGGAGCUGUAGACCACGAGCGCCUCUCCAAAAUGCUCAGUCUUCCUGAGGAGCUUGCUCGGAUGUACAGAGACGACAUAACAAUCAUCGUGGUUCAGUUCAAUUCUCAUGUUGUAGGGGCAUAUCAAAACCAGGAAUAGUGGGUGGGUCUUACUUACCCUGGCAAUUUUCAAAUGAAAUAGAUUUAAGGGGCAGAUAGAUUUGUGAAAGAUACUAAUAUAAUAAGGGUUUCCAGUAGGUCACUAAACAUUUACCCAUUGAUACUCUAGCUGGUCAAGUCCUCCAAAUUGACUUUGCGGCAGGGUGGCAGGAUCACGAGGGUCUCAUUCUGCCUAGCUCGGACCUCACGGCACCUGUGAUUGAGGCGAAUCCGUUCCUUGUUGCAAGUGUCUCAUGACAUUGGCUUCUUUUAUCGAUCUGAGAAAAUCAAGAUGACCUGGCAAGUAGGAUCUUGAAUAGGCCAAAAGCCAGGAUCUUGCUGGGCGUAUUCUCUUGGUAAAAGGGAAGAAACAUUCUGUUCACAUCUGCAGACCCUUCUCGUCACUAAGAUUCCAAUGUACAUGAGAAUGUUUAUUUAUUGCAUGACUUCCUAGAUAUACAAUCUAUGCAUUAUUCAUAUAAAUUUAUUUUAGCCUGAAGUGGUUUUCAAAUCCAGUACUUAAGCCAUAAAUGACUGAGAACCAAGCAGUCUGAAUUUGUAAGUGUUUGUGAUUAUUUGACUGGAAUGCUUCUUAAGUGGAAAAACAAACUACUCCCUUCACCACCCCUGGUUACCUAAUGUAAUUGAAACUUUUUCUGUUUUGCCACAUGCUUGAAGACAGUGUUUUUAGUUUGGUCCACUCUUAGAUUGAUGUUAAAUGAAGAAAAAAGAAUUAUUUUUUUAGUUUGUAUUGAUGAAAUGAUUUCAUUUAGUUUGAAAUAAAAAGAUCCAGAAUAAAAAGAAGAGACUGUCCAAUUAUUGUCAUCUGUAGCCACCAAGCACAUCAUGCUUAUCUCGUAAUCCCCACAGGCUUAGCAUGCUGCGUGUGGUGGGUAGACUGUUCAGGAGAUCAUCCUUCCAGUUUAGUCGUGAUAAGAAUGUUCCCCACUUUUUGGAAUUAAGUUUAAAUAUCAAAUUGGGGAGUAAGAUUUAAUAUUACUUUUGGUUAUUGAGACCAGGGAGGGAGUUUUUGUUUUUCUCCAUGUAGACAUAGGUCAGUUAAAAUAUUUGGUUUAAAAAUCACUAAAUGCUUUAAACAUGUUGUAGCUUAUAAAUAGGAAUUUAAGAUAUAUACGUGAGAAAUUUUCAAAGGUAACUGUUGUGCAUGCCUGAUGCUUAAUAGAACACUUAGUAGCAUCAAGUGUUGUUUGCAGCAGUCCCUGUAAUUAUAUGCAGUCCCUUCUAAUGCUGUAUCAAAAUAAAUGAAAAUAAACAUUCAGAUUGGCUUUUGGGGAGCUUUUUAAUAUGCAUCAACGGCAUUUGUUCCUGUAUUUAAUGGUGAUCUGUGUACAGCUGCGCAUAUAUUUUCAUCACUUAUUCUAGCAUCACUGGUAAAAGAAUGGCUAUGACUAUGUUUGAUAUUCACAUAGAUUUUAAUACAACUCAUGAUCAGCUUUCCCUCGUGUAAUUAGUUGAGGGGUGUUUAGGAGUCCUUCUGAUUUCUGUAGAAUAUGAACUGGUUGUUCAAGGACUCCCUCUGGAUUGUGGACACUAAAGCAAUGUAGAACUGACUAAAACUUGUUCCAGUUGAAAAACAGACUCAGGAAGAUUGUAGUUCAGAGCAUCGUAUAAUGUUUAUUUUCUGAGGGUUUUUUUUCCCCCCAUCUUUCCCCCUUAAUUCAGCUUGGAACUUUUCUUCCAGGCAGCAUCUUGGAAAAGGGAAGGUUCUACCAUAUAUUUAUUUCUAAAUGUUUUGACAGAGAUGUCAUCUUUUUAAUGAAAUAUAUGUAGACUGCUGUAGCAAUGAAAACCCAUUUUCAGGGGCACCUAGGUGGCUCAGUCGGUUAAGCGUCUGGCUUCAGCUCAGGUUAUGAUCUCUCAGUUCAUGGGUUCGAGUCCCGCAUCGGGCCCUGUGCUGACAGUGUGGAGCCUGCUUUGGACUCUGUGCCUCCCUCUCUCUCUGCCCCUCCCCCCCCCCCCUCUCUCUCUCUCUCUCUCUCUCUCUCUCUCUCUCAAAAAUAAACAUUAAGAAAAAAAACACCAUUUUCAGGCUACUAUUUGAAUUUCUCUUGAACACCGCUACUGAAGAGUUCCAUAUUAUAUACUUAAUAGUCUCGUCUCUAUUUAGUACAGUAUGUAUAAAUUUAGUUUCCAGUGGUCACAAUCAAGAUAGUAAUUCUUAUUUCUUGCACAAGAAACUUGGUCUGCAGUCUAAAAGUUGGUCUACUCUUUAGAAAUGAAAAUGCAGUGUGGAAAUGAAAAUAAGUGGAUGUUAGAUAUCCGAAUGUACUAUCAUCUAAAAGCAGUUGUAAUUUUAUUGUAAUUGGCUGUCACUGUGAUGUGAUAUUUAAAGUAAAAAAACACGUGAACUUUCAUAGUUUAGCCUUUCUUAAACUUUUUUUUUUAUUAUGGAAACUUUCUAACACAUAUCAACCUCUGUAUUUAUAUUUAAUCAGUGGCUCAUUAUAUUUAUAAUACGCCCUUAACUAAGUGGAAUGGUGGUAUGUUUCACAGUACUUGGUAAAAAAACCUGUGUCUUAUAAAAGAUGUAUCUGUAUGAAGAUGUGUAAAGUUUAUAAUAUUGGUCAGAGAAAUGCCCACAGUGAAUUAAAGCUUCAUACCUGCUUUCUGAA